CGCUGAACUAACAACUGACGCUGUGGACUGGCCAGUCGUUAGUUUAGCGCUUGUGUUGUAGCCUUCUUUCUCUCUGUUUCGCCGUCCCCUAUGCGCUGCCGACAGAAUGAAGUUCGGGUUAAGCGCGCUUCCACUGAACGCGGUUCUUAGCGUUAAAACAAAAAGACAAGUCCCGUUUAUAGACUGACAUUUUUUUUUAAGAAAUCGACAAGCGGUCUCACAAGACUAAAAGACCACCCUUCUAAUUGCAGUUUACGCUUGUUGUUGCCUUCCUUACAGAGAGCCGGCUCUUGAUCGAAACGAUAUUUCGCGGAUAUCGCGUGUUCCCGCACAAGUUUUUCACAAGACCAAGGCCACAGCCAUGAACAACGAAGCGGGCACUACGACGUUGACGACGACUUCGACGUUGAUGAUGCUCGGGAGCUCUCUUGCCGCUGGCAGCUGCUUCAGAACGCGAGAACUCAGCUCAUCAUCGCAGCGGUCGUUCUCCUGUUCAUCCUUAUCGCUAGCGGCGUGCUGAUAGUCAUCAAGAUAAGAAACGAGUCACCGGAAGAGGACACGCCCGAAAAGACUGACCUCACGUACAAGAUGCCCUCUUCCACCGUCGCCGCGUCUUCCGAGGAACCAGGAACCAGGAACGAGGAACCAGGAACCAGGACCGAGGAACCAGGAACCAGGAGUGAGGAACCACAAGAGAUCGAGGAGGCACCGACCAGUACAGCGUAUACAACAAAGAGGGCCUCGGACGCCUACCCGCUGCUCUGUACGUACGGCACCGAAACGAACGGGUCCACCCUGUUUCCCGACGACGGCCUGUGCGACUUGAUAUUCUACGACUCGGCCUACAAGCACGACCGGAACCUUCCGACCUUACCAGCCAGCCUCAGCGAAAGCAUGAACGCUGUCCUGUCCGCUUCCUUAGGCUACAGGACGACAGAGAUCGGGAUUGCCUUCGCGUACGAUCACAUGGCCACGCUGCUUAAGGACAUGAAAGCAGACAGGUUUCUCGAAGCGUUCUGGGACCGGCACGCCUACCACUUCGGCAUCGUCGAUAUGCCGGCUUUUGGCGUCGAAUACAAGGACAUCAUCCAGGUGUUCGUCGUGCUUAAGGUCAGAGAGCUGAGCGCCUUGGCUCAGAAGAAUCCCAAUGCCAACGAACCGCCUUACAUCGUUCUAGGAGCCGUGCCCCUGAAGCAUGCCGAUGACUACGCUUCACAAAUGAGGGCCGUGUACUCGCCCACUUUGUUCAUAUCUCAGGGCCACUUCGCCUUCGGCGACAGCAAGGUUCCCGACUGCAGGGUUUACCCGCCCACGAUUCUGACGAAGCCCCUCGCUUCGCAGGGAUACCUGUACGACCUGGUGCGUGAGCAAUGCGGCACUUUUGCUGUGCGAAGAUUUGAGAGAUCUAGCGUGUCCGGUAUACCGGUACACGCACUGGCGUUCGCCGUGAAACCGGGUUACCGGACGUUCGCAGUGACAUCUCGGGAGAAUUAG